AUGGCCCUAAGCCAGCAACCCCAGUACGAAACCAUGCAGCCACCCGCGACGCAGCGGCAGUCCAUUUCGAACGAGGGGAACCAAGGGUACCCAAGCGAUGGGCCGUAUGGAAAUUAUGGAUUACAAGCGGCGCAGCAGGACCCAGGCUGGAUACAGCGGGUGUUGGAGGAAAUGAAAGACAUGCUUCUGCUCCUCAAUGCCCAAGGCCACAUCACCUAUGCGUCGCCCUCGGCGAAGCAAAUCACCGGGCGCUCUCCUAAACAACUUGAAGGGAGCCCAAUAACGCAACAUAUCCAUGAAGACGACCAGGCAGUCUUUCACCGCGAUAUGGAUGACUCGGUCGCUUUGAAUCGUCCAUUUCGCACCCAUGUCCGAUUCUCCAAGACAAACAGCGGCUACUGCCUCGUCGAGCUCAACGGACACCCGCAUAUUGCCAGUGUAGAUUCGUCACGAAAUACGUCUCCUCAGGACCGAUGCACGGGAUUCUUCCUUGUGUGUAGACCUCACCCUUCAAAGAACUCGCUGCUACUCGAUUCUUUCCUUGAGCACAAAAUUGAAAAUGCGCGACUGGUGCAACAGAUUGCCAAGCUUAAACAAGAAGAGGAAGAGGAAGCAAACACGGCCCGGGUACCAUACGGAAAGAUGGAUAAUGAUCAAGCCCUGAUUGAUAGCGCCAAUGUACAGGCCAUGCUGAGCGACCCAGAAUCUAGCGAAACGGCUGCAGUCUUAUCAGAUGAUUCUGAUCCUAGUGAGGGGGCAGAUUUCUUCGACCAAGUGCCUGAGGCAGAGGGACCAAUGGCGCAUGUGAAUGGUAUCGAAAUUAUGACAGGUCUAUUCUAUGGUGAUGGCGAGCGGUCGCAGGGCCUUAGCACUGGUGCGCGGCGAGGUCGAUUGGUUCACUGUGAUAUCGAUAUUACCACCACUGAAGACCAAGCACGAAAUUUGCAAGAGGGAGACAGACGUAAGCGACUUAAGGGUCAGCAUGUCUGCAGUGAUUGUGGAACCGCCGACUCCCCUGAAUGGCGGAAAGGACCUAACGGCCCCAAGACUUUAUGCAAUGCCUGUGGUUUGCGCUGGUCCAAGAAAGAGAAGAAGCGCCAGGAGCCUUAG